AAUCUCGGCCUUGCUUAUCACAGCCUUGAAGAAUUCCAACGAGCAAUAGAGUACCACAAUCAACACCUCAGGAUUGCCAAGGAAGUUGGUGACAGGGCAGGUGAAGGACGUGCCUAUGGCAAUCUCGGCCUUGCUUAUCACAGCCUUGAAGAAUUCCAAAGAGCAAUAGAGUACCACAAUCAACACCUCAGGAUUGCCAAGGAAGUUGGUGACAGGGCAGGGCAAGGCAAAGCCUGUGGCAAUCUGGGCGCUACUUAUCACAGCCUUAAUGAAUUCCAAAGAGCAAUAGAGUACAACAAUAAAUGCCUCAUCAUUGCCAAGGAAGUUGGUCACAGGGCAGGUGAAGGACUUGCCUAUGGCAAUCUCGGCCUUGCUUAUCACAGCCUUGAAGAAUUCCAACGAGCAAUAGAGUACCACAAUCAACACCUCAGGAUUGCCAAGGAAGUUGGUGACAGGACAGGUGAAGGACGUGCCUAUGGCAAUCUCGGCCUUGCUUAUCACAGCCUUAAAGAAUUCCAAAGAGCAAUAGAGUGCCACAAUCAACACCUCAGUAUUGCCAAGGACGUUGGUGACAGGGCAGGGCAAAGCAAAGCCUAUGGCAAUCUGGGCGCUACUUAUCACAGCCUUAGUGAAUUCCAAAGAGCAAUAGAGUACAACAAUAAAUGCCUCAUCAUUGCCAGGGAAGUUGGUCACAGGGCAGGGCAAGGGAAAGGCUAUGGCAAUCUCGGCAAUAUUUAUUUAGUUCUCGGCGAAUACCAACGUGCAAUGGAGUACUCCAAGAAAUGCCUCAUCAUUGCCAAGGAAGAUGGUAACAGGAGAUUGGAAGGCAAAGCCUAUUCCGUUCUCGGCGCUACUUACCACAGGCUUGAUGAAUUCCAAACGGCAAUGGAGUGCCACAAGAAACACCUGAGUAUUGCCAAGGAAGUCGGUGACAGAAAAGAAAAAGGACAUGCCUAUUUAAACAUUGGCGACGUUCAUAAAUCCCUCGGCGACGUACCACGAGCAAUGGAGUACUACAAGCAAUCCUUGAGCAAUGCCGAGGAAAUCGGUGACAGGGAUGAACAAGGACAUGCCUAUUGCCGCCUCGGAAGUUGUUAUACACAUCUCCACGACUUGAAGGAAGCAAUAGAGUGUUACAAGCAACACCUGACUAUUGCCGAGGAAAUCGGUGACAGGAAGGGAGAAGCAUGUGCCCAUAGCAGUCUGGGUCGAUCUUUUUUGUAUUCAGAUUCUUUGAAUGAGGCUUUAGAACAUUUUAGAUGCAGUGUAAAAGUCUAUGACUCUAUUAGAGCCAGUUCUAUCUCGGAAGAUGAAUUGAAAAUAAGUUUCCGUACGAAACAUCAAUUUGCCUAUACUCAUUUAUGGCAGGUUUUAGUAAUGCUUAAAAGGAAUGAUGAGGCUUUAUACGCUGCUGAGAGGGGACGGGCACAGGCUUUGCUCGAUGGCUUAAAAGUAGCUUAUGGCCUUACAUCACUUUCUCCCAGGUCAAUUGAAACUGAGGAAGACGUCAGAAAUAUUUCAAGGAAGUCAACUGUUUUAACAGUUUUUCUUGCCCUUCAUUUGAAAACAGUCAAUAUCUGGGUGUUGGGAAAAGAAAGCAACCCUAUCUUUAGGCGAUUGAAGUUAGAAGCAUUUGGAAGUGAGCACGAAGAUUCCUUUACUCUCCUUUUAGACACUGUUUUGAAAAACAUUACUUAUGGCGUCGGUAUUAGGUACGAAAAUCAGGCAAUGUAUAAGUUGAGUGAUGAGUCAACUCCCUCAAGUAUUCGAGACGACAAUCAAACAUCGGAGCCAUCACAGGGGAGCACCGACUUUUUACAGCCACUAUAUGAUGCAGUUCUUGGUCCCAUUGAAGACUUGCUUGAUGGUGAUGAACUAAUUGUAGUUCCUGAUGGCGCUUUGUCUAAAGCUCCUUGGGCAGCCCUGAGUGAAACUUUAAGGAUCCGAACUGUUCCCUCACUGACAAGUUUGAAAGUCAUCACAGAUUCUCCAAUUGAAUACCACAGUAAAAGUGGAGCCCUGCUUGUUGGAGAUCCCUGCUUGAAGAAAAUUACAGAUAAACGGGGGAACCCCAUUUAUCAUCCUCUGAAGUACGCAAGAAUGGAAGUGGAGAUGAUUGGAGAAAUUCUAAAGAGUCAAACUUUAACAGGUGAAGAUGCAACCAAAGAAGCGGUACUUCAGAGAAUCGCGUCAGUUGCUUUGGUUCACAUUGCAGCCCACGGAGGGAGGGAGACUGGAGAAAUUGUUUUGGCUCCAGACCCCCGAUGGGAAUCCAAACCUCCUACGGAGGAGGACUAUACUUUGAAAAUGUCUGACAUACAAGCUGUUAAGCUGAGAGCGAGGCUUGUUGUGCUUAGUUGCCCCUACAGUGGUCAAGGAAAGGUAUCGCCUGAGGGUGUGGUCAGUAUGGCACGUGCUUUCUUGUUUGCUGGUGCUCGUUCGGUGCUGGCGACACUUUGGGCAAUUGAUGACGAAGCCACAAUGAUGUUUAUGAAGUCUUUCUACCAACAACUUGGAAGUGGAGAAAGGGCAAGUGUUGCUCUUCAGAGGGCCAUGAAAUGUCUUCGAGACUCCCACGAUUUUUCUGCGCCAAAGUACUGGGCUCCAUUUGUUCUGAUUGGUGAUGAUGUUAAGAUUGAAUUGGAAUAA